CAAACAUGAAAGAACUGAAAUUUACAAAAGCUACUUCAACCAGCCCUCUCGGUUCGACCUACAGACCAAAAUUCCUGUCUCAUCGCGCCAUUAAGCUCGAAAUUCAAGAGGUCACGAUCCCGAGUCAGAACUCUUCUGCCGACCCAGCCAUCAACGAACGCUCUAUUUCCAACCCCAAAAGCAAGGCAUAUUAUGCCAUCAAAUCCAAAUUCCAGGAAGACCGUGACGAAUCUCCACCUCCGAAAGUCCCUAUUCCACACAUACCUCGAGCCGCCCGAGAAGAGCUUUGGGUCAUCUGGAAAUCUGAUCCUCGUGUUCCAACAGUUGCUUCGCGACAUGCAUGGGCCGUCUCGCGGAAUAUAAGUCCCUUGCGCGUCGACCAAUGGUUCUCCAAUCGCAAAUCGCAGGCGAAGAAACAGGGACGGCCGAUAUCAAGCGACUCGUACGAGCUUUCGUUGAAGCCACGAGCUGUUCCGGUGACACUUGAAGUGAAGAGAGAGCUUUUGUCUCCUUCACCUGCCUGCUCUGACAGAACCGAUGUUGACUCGCCAUCUGACACACUGGUUACGUUUGGGGCCUAUGGUUCCGACUCAUCUUGUGUGUCUCUGAGAUCGUCCGUGUCUGCUCUGUCUAUGAGAUCUUCCGUAUCUACUCUAUCUAUGGCUCCGGAACCUACGCAAGGAAAUUUAUAUCUACUCCACGAUGUUCAAAAUUCCUCGCCGGUAUCACGCACCCUCACUCCGGGGACAGAUGUCGAAAAGGAUGCAGGUUACGACAAAGAUCUCUACAGCCUAGCGCCGAGCUUUAGCCUCUACGACGAUAGAAGCACCGAUAACAUACCCUGCAGUGAAGAUUUGUUACAGAGAGUCUGUAACCAAGGAGAAUCAGACAUAUCCGACUUUAUUUGCACUCUUUGCAAACCCAUGGAAGGUGAUACCUCUUUGGUUAUACAUUUUAGAGCUGUACAUAUACUCAUCCGAUAUCUCUGUACUGACUUACGCGGGCUAGAUUAUCCGAAAAUAGCUCUAGAUGAACUUGUCAAGCAGUCGAUCUUCUCGUUCGAUACCUCUGUGACCAUGCUCCCCGCUUACGCCCGUCUUGAUCCCACCCCCGAUACCCGGAUGGAACUCUCUGCUAUCCCGUACCUGUUCUGCACACCUGAUCUGGCCUUCAUACCCACGCCUUCCGGUUCCUCGGCUUCAUAGACGAUGGGGGAACUCGCACAUAAACCUACUGACAAAUGCCUUUGAGGUCUCUGGCGAUAGCGCUUUGGAUCUUCUGUUGAUGGACUCGGAGCUGUUGUGUUGAUGGAGAUCAAAAGGAACAUUCACAAAAUUGGACAAUACUGCUCUGGCUCUAUGAUGCCACCCUCUUGUACCGGACCGUAACAAGUCUGCUUGUAAUGUAUUUGCUGCGCUUAAUAUCGUGAUACCACACAGUAAGCUGUCGAGUAUGCUCAGCCUGACUUAUAUAACCACGAACGAGUGACUCGAGUGGCGUAGACAUGUAGGAAAUGGCCAGUCUAUGCAUAUGAUGCACAGAUUCCGCAACAGAAGUCUGUGUAUGAUCGGAAAGUUCCGGGCAUGUAUCA